AUUCUUUCCACAGUGAAAGAGACUUAAAGAUGCUACGAAUAGUUGUUCAAGUUGCAAUCUUGGCUCUGACUAUACAGUCUCUUGUAGACUGCAAAUGCUUUGACGAAUAUCAAAAUAAGCAUUUAUCUACUUAUGUGAAGAAGGUGGAUGGUCGAACAGAAGAAGAAUGUCCCGGGUCUUGUUUAACAUACCCAGGCUUAUGUCAAUCGGCUCAAUACGAUAGAACAAAUGAAAUCUGUUAUCUAAAUAUCGAAACUCAUCUCUCCGCUCCAGCUACGUAUAAGAACAAUGACAACUACGUCUAUUGGUAUAGAAGGAAGGAAUGUCAACCACAUUGUUAUUUUGUAUAUUAUUGGAAAAAGUACCUUUUGGGCUACAACGACAAUAAAUUUCUUUCUUACUCCAGUCGACAAUGUUUGGAAAGUUGUCUUUUGAACCAAAAUUACGAUUGUAAAUCUAUUGAUUAUGGUAGAGAUAACGGUGAGUGCACCCUUAGUCGCGAAUCGAAGGACACUAAACCAGCAGCAUGGAAACCUCACAUUACUUUGGAACACUUUCAUAAAAUUUGCAAAUUCGAUCCCAUUGAGGAAACACCUUGCUAUGAAUCCGCAAUGGAUGGUACUUAUAUGAUAAAUCAUGCUCAAGUUUUCUCCAACAAAGAUGAAAAAACCUGCCAGCGUCUUUGCUUCACCGCCAAUUACGUUUGCCGAUCUAUUCACUAUGACAAAGUUUCCAAGAAAUGCUAUCUCAAUAAAGAAACUCACUUGUCAAAACCAGGUUGGGUUAAAAAUCACAGUAAAUACACUUAUUGGAUGAGAGAUGCAAAAUGCGACUACAACUGCUAUUACGUUUACAACUACAGAACCUAUAUUGACGGUUACAUUCUUACACAAUAUAACGGUUAUACCAGCAACCAAUGUAUUGAAGCAUGUUACGAAGAUCCAAGCUGCAAAUCCUUUGACUAUAAAAGGAAUUCAAAAAUUUGCAGACUUCACACCGAGUCCAAACUAACAAAGCCUAACGCCGCAAAAUCAUCUUCAGAAUGGGAGAAUUAUCAUAAAAUAUGCAGACCCAUUAAUAAAGAAUACAACUGCUUCACAUCCUAUUCAAACAAGUAUAUAAACGACAAAUAUAUCGUAUUCCAAGGGAAAACCGAGGAGGAAUGCGUUAAACUGUGCUUAUUUGGUGAAUUUCCAUGCAGAUCUGCGUCGUACGACAAACAAUUAAAAAAGUGCUUCCUUUCAAGAAAAACAAAAAACAGUCAUCCUGCUUUAUACUUUUCCAACAAAAAUUAUAGAUAUUUCGAAAAGCAUUCUCAAUGUCAAACCGAUUGCGCAAUCUUAACUUUUCCUAAAUAUUAUAUCGUUGGCAACACCAUUCGUUCAACAUCAGCCGAUAGCGAUAUCGACUGUCUAAAAUUAUGUCUUACAGAAAAACCAUCCGGAGAGUGCAAAUCAGUUUCUUGGAGACGAAGCACGAAAACUUGCAUCUUGCACAAUGAAUCUAGAUUGACGAUGCCAUCCGCCUUUAAACCUUCGAGUUUAUAUAUUCAUUGGCAUCUUUCGUGUACUGGAGAUUAUUGUUAUAAUGAAUAUCCCUUCAGAUAUCUAGCCAAUCAGCAUUACACCCUCAAAAGCGAUUCUUCGGAAGGUGGCUGUAAAUCUGUAUGUUUAAAAUCUGAAGGAUGCAAGUCUGCUUAUUUCGACGCCUCAACUGAAAAGUGCUACUUAUCUAAAGAAACUAGACUAUCUAAGCCAGCCAGCUACUUGCCACACAAUAACAUGGUUUACUGGGAAAGAAAAAGUGUUUGUAAAGCGGAUUGCUAUAUGAAAGAAUAUAAAAAUUAUUAUCUGCAAGGGCUAAACACCAAAUCCGUAAAAGUUGCAAAUCAACUUGAAUGCAAGCAGCAAUGCUUCCUUGAAAAAGCUUUUACUUGCGCAUCUGCUGAAUAUAACACAAGAACAAAGAUGUGCUAUUUGAGUACUGCCAAUCGUAAAACAGCAGCUUCGAAAUGGAGAGGAAGCAGCCUAUACAUAUAUUGGGAAAAAACUUGUGGUCACGCUUACCCAUGUUUCAACAGAUAUCAUCAAAGAUACCUACAAUUGAAAUAUUAUAAGGUCUACAAUGGAAUUUCGGAAGAAGCUUGCGCCUUCCAAUGUGAAAAAUCCCUAUGCAGCUCUGCCAAUUACAAUACUCAAUCUAACGCUUGUUAUUUGAGCAAACAUACCAAAAAAGAUUAUCCCAAAUCAUACAAAGUUCAUUUCAAUUACGUCUAUCUUGAGAAGAAAGCAUCUUGUAAACCUGACUGCUACUACAGAGAAUAUUCCAACAGAUAUCUUAAUUCCCCAUCCUUACAGAGAUACGUAGGUUCGGAAACUGAAUGCCUUAAACUUUGCUUAAAAUAUCGCUCUUGGUGUAAAUCUGCUGACUAUCGCAAAAUAAACAAGAGAUGUAGCCUCAGUUCCAAAAAUCAAAUUACUGGAGGUGGACUUAAAAUUAGUUUCUUGUACAACUACUAUGAAUUGACUUGUGAAGGGCAAGUCACGAAAGAUUAUCCGUGCUUUACCGCCUAUCCCAAGAAAUACCUUCAAGGAUAUACUAACAAGAAUCUUUUCGGAAUAACAGAGAAGAACUGUUUGAAAGCAUGCUUUUUGGCCAAUUUUGUUUGCCGAUCUGCCGAAUAUUCACCGUUGACGAAGACGUGUAGUCUUAGCGUUCAGAGCAAGACAACUAAACCAUUAAGCUAUAAGAGUCAUGCUUUCUUAACUUAUUAUCAUAGAAAACCUGAAUGCUACUUAGGUUGUCCUAUUAAGACUUAUAAAAAUAAGGUACUAGCCAAUUUCAACACGAAAUUUCUUACGACAUCAUCUGAUUACGAUUGCAUAAAUGAAUGCCUAACUACGAAAGGAUGCCGAUCCGUUGAAAGAAACCAAGCAGGUGUCUGCUAUGACCGAUACGACAGAAGAUAUUUAACAACUUCUUUCGCUAUUCGUACUUUUUAUACUCGCUACAUAAAUAAAUGUAAGGCUAGCUGUCUUGAAGCUAAAUUUGUUUGCAAAUCUCUUCAGUAUAAUAUACCAAUUAAAACAUGUUACCUAUUUGAUAAAACGAAAGAUACUAUUCCAUUAGAAUACGGAAUUAAUUACAGCUAUAUCUACUGGCAGAGAAAACCAGAAUGUUUAUUAAAUUGUUAUUUGAAACCAUUUCAUGAUAGCUUUCUGGUUGCUACGCCUGUGAAAACAUUAUCUAUGAUAAAUGAAUUAAGAUGCCAAGAAAACUGCCUAACUGAAAAAAGUUUUCAAUGUAAAUCCAUUAACUACAAAGCUUCAACCAGUACAUGCUAUUUGAAUAGCUUAGAUCGAGAUGGGGCGAUUUUCCAAACUUUGCAACCUUAUCGUUGGUAUUUCGAAAGAGUUUGCCCCGUUUAUCCCUGUUUCAACGCUGUCGAGGAUAUAAAACUACAGCGUUUAGCAGUUAUUCUACCUGUUGCAAAGCCAGAAGAUUGCAUGGAAAAUUGUUUGAGAAGCAAAUUUUGCCGUUCAACAAACUAUAACAAACAUACAAAAAAAUGUUAUAUUUAUUCAACUGUUAGAUCGUUUUUUCCUCCAAAUACCAUCCAUAACACUAAAUUCGUCUACUACGAAAAAAGUGCUGAAUGUUCAACAUCUUGUAAUUUACAGUAUUCAAACAAUCUAUAUUUAGAUGGAGUUUAUAUAAACAAGUAUGAUUCUGUUUUUUCUAACUUAAAAUGCCUGGAAUUGUGCUAUCAAAAUCCUGAUGGAUGUCGAUCUGUUCAAAGAAAUUCAAAGACGAAUGAAUGCUUUAUAAAUUUGAAAACCAAGGCUGAAAGUCCAUUUAAGUGUAAAUCAUCUAGUGAUUUUGAAUAUUGGCAGUUAAAAUGCGACGGUUGCUUUAGUCAGUUAAAUGGUAAAUAUCUGACUAAAUUCAACAGAUACCUUCAUGGAAAAUCAAAAAGAGAAUGUAAACUAUCUUGUCUAACAGCCGAUUUUAAUUGUAAAUCGGCUCAAUACGAUAUCAGAACGGGAGUGUGCUUCCUAUCCGACGAAACAAGAUUUACAGUUCCUCAUCAUUUCCAAACGAAUUUCUAUUAUACCUAUUGGGAUAGAUCAAUUGCAUGCAAUCCUAAUUGUUAUUUUAAGUUUUACCGUAAGAAAUAUUUGUUGGGUCAUAAUACACUGAUGAUAAAUCCCCUAAGUAGAGAAGAAUGUUUGGAGAAAUGCUUUACAACUGCUACAUUCAACUGUCUAUCAGUUGAUUAUAAUGGUUUGACGAAAAAUUGCGUACUGAGUUCGGAGUCAAAGGAUACGAAGCCUCUCGAUUUUAAGAAACAUCAUCUUAUUGACCAUUACCAUAAGAUGUGCUGA